AUUGGGUCAGAGUAGGAGAGAAACGGAGCGAAUAGUGGACAGUAAGAAUUUGUGGAGGAUGGAGUUUAACAGUUUACAGCUAGCUUGGAUUACCUGUGUGCGUAAAUGAUACAAAAACCACCCACACACACUCCCACCCACAACUGUUAAUUAAACUGGAGAAAGGGAAGUUCUGCUUCUUCUGUGUCUGAUCAACACACCGUGGCGACGGCUACUACACCUGAACCACUUAGACUCAUCUACAAUCUGCUUCAUUAUACAUUUCAUGUUAGCUUCUAGGAGUCAUGUUAUGUUACUGCUGAUGAAGAUUUGCCUGAUUUUGCCGCUUCAUAGCAAAAGCAGUUACAUGACAAAAUAACAGGGGGCUUUUGUUAAAAAAAUUUUGUUAGGAACUAUUAUGCUUGUGUGUUAAACUGUUGCAUGAAACUGUUAUUCAACUUUAUCUGUGCAUAUCAGAUAAGGAAGGACUGAGUGAUCUUGCAAGAACAGAAAGCGCCUGUGGGCGAAGCACAUGAUGUGUGGGAGAUCAUGGGAGAAGCGCAAGACUAACCCAGAUAAGAAUAUGUGUUUGCUGCCUUUGUGUUUUAUGUAACCAUGGGUGUAACAUGCUUUUAAAAAUCAGCUGCUGAGGGUGAUCGGCAGUCAAUUUCUGUACUAAUGAGGUGCAUGUAAUUGAUUCCUUGUUGCAAGUAAACUAGCUUUGAAGAAGACUCCAGUGACUUUGUCAAGUCUUUGAUAGUUAUCCUAACAGCUUUCAUUGUUGUUGUGUGUGAAUGUGAGGAAAAUGAGAGGAGAGAGCAGCUCCUGAAGAUUUCUGCAUGCUUUGAUUUGUACAGAAUCCAGAGUGAGUCCAGCAGCCACAGUGGAGAUCUGCUGGAUUUUAGGACAAGAGUGGAAUGGAGGAGGACAACCAGAAGCCGGAGCAGCGGAGCAACAAGAUCCCCAGAAGACGAGCAGCAGACUCGCACUCUGAUACCAGCGAUGGUCAGAAACAGAGAGGAGGAGUGGGACCCAAAUGUCACCACUGUCAGCACUGUGACAAAUCCUUCACAACAUCAAAAUAUUUAAAGAUUCAUCAGAGAGUUCACACUGGACAGAAUCUACACAUCUGUGAUCAAUGUGGGGCAGCUUUCAUACAACAGAGUAACCUAAAAAAACAUCAACGCAUUCACACUGGAGAGAAGCCGUACCGUUGUGAUCAAUGUGGGGCCGCAUUCACACUACAGAGUAACCUAAAAAGACAUCAACUGAUUCACACUGGAGAGACGCCGUACAGCUGUGAUCAAUGUGGGAAAACUUUUACUCAGAGUGGUAACCUGGAAAUUCACCAACGUGUUCACACUGGAGAGAAGCCUUACUGGUGUGAACAAUGUGGGGAAACAUUUUCUGAGAGUAGUCACCUUAAAACACAUCAACGCAUUCACACUGGAGAUAAACCUUACAGCUGUGAUUUAUGUGGUAAAACCUUUUCUAGGAGAGGUAACCUAGAAAGCCACCGACGUGUUCACACUGGAGAGAAGCCGUACUGGUGUGAACAAUGUGGGAAAACGUUUUCUGAGAGUGGUAACCUUAAAAGACACCAGCGCAUUCACACUGUUCACUUCACACUGUAGUGAACAUGUUUCAGAGCCAAGCUGUUUCCUCCUGCCUCCUCCUCAUGCCCUGAUAGCUUUUAUUCCUGUAAUACAAUAUUUUGAGUUCAGGGUGCUAUUUAACUAAUGCUGCAACAAAGGAGUAUUUGUUCUUAAUUAAAAUAGUCCCAUCACUGUUUACUAAGGUAAUGUCAAAUAGUCUAUUGUCCCUUAAGAUGAAGAAAAGAAGCAAAUCUUCAUAACUGGGAAGCUUUAUGGGAAGCUUUAAUCAGAACAUGUCUGCUGCUGCUGCUUAAAAAAUGACUUGAACAGUUACUGUGUUAAUUAGAGUUGAGACGGUUACUCGGCUGAAACGAGUAUCCGGUAUAGAUAAAGCACUUUUGCCGAGUACGAGUAUUAUACUAGUAAUACGAGUCAAUAUCUGUGCUCGGAUUGAAUAAAAAUCCUCAUUGGGUAGCUGACUGUGUCUGCGUUCUGUGAUAGGCUAGUCACAGCGCCCCUCCCCUACACACAUACAGAUUUAUUGUGUUGCUCUUCAUUAAAGUCGAUGCAGAUCUGAAAAACAGCGGACUAUUUCAUCCGUAGAACUCAGUCCCCCCCCAUCUCUUUUUUUUUUUCUCUCUC